AUGGCGGACUCCUACGUCCGAGGCAAAGUCCAUGAAUGCUGGGAUGCGCUGAAGGACGGCGAAGGGACACACUGGCCUUUCUUCCGAGACGGCCCCCGUCACGUGCGCCCCUCCCCCGUCGGAGCUGUUUCCUACUGCGUUCCAUGGGAUGAGUCGCUUCUCUCGACUCCACGUUUCUCUGACAGCACGUCAUGCGCAGCAGGCCCAAUGGCUGAGUUGUACCCUUCAUUGGCGCAAUGCGCGAUUGUCGCGACCGCUUUCAAGAUUCUUCUAUUUCCCGCCUAUAAAUCAACGGACUUUGAAGUCCAUCGGAAUUGGCUUGCUAUCACUCACUCAUUACCGGUGAAGGAAUGGUACUAUGAGAAAACAUCGGAAUGGACGCUCGACUACCCUCCCUUUUUCGCGGCAUUCGAGUGGCUACUGUCCCAAGCUGCGCACUAUGCAGACCCUGCAAUGCUGAUUGUCAGCAACCUUGAUUACGAUUCAUGGCAGACAGUCUACUUCCAGCGGGCAACUGUCAUUCUGAGUGAGCUCGCUCUGUUUUAUGCACUGAACCGGUAUACCAAGUCUGUACAUCCCUCAAAUAAGCAGCUUGCGCAUAUCGCCAGUCUAUCCAUUCUGCUCUCCCCCGGCCUCCUUAUCAUCGACCAUAUCCAUUUUCAAUAUAAUGGCUUCCUCUAUGGAGUCCUAAUCUUGUCAAUCGUUCUGGCCCGAAAGCAAUCAACAAUGCUCUACAGUGGCAUUGCAUUUGCCAUCUUGCUGUGUCUGAAACAUAUUUAUUUGUACUUGGCUCUGGCCUAUUUCGUAUAUUUGCUGAGAGCAUACUGUCUGGAUCCCAAGUCUGUCUUUCGGCCUAAUUUUGCAAGCAUUUUCAAACUCGGCUUGAGUAUCGUCGGCGUAUUCAGCUUGGCUUUUGGCCCAUUUGCUAAGUGGGGUCAACUGCUUCAGUUGAAGGACAGGCUGUUUCCAUUUUCAAGGGGGCUAUGCCAUGCCUAUUGGGCACCGAAUAUCUGGGCUAUGUACUCAUUUGCGGAUCGCAUCCUUAUCCAACUUGCUCCACGCCUAGGUCUCCCCAUCAACCACGAUGCUUUGACCAGUGUCACGCGUGGCCUUGUCGGAGAUACCUCCUUCGCGGUUCUUCCGGAGGUGACUAAGGAACAAACAUUUAUGCUUACGCUUGUAUUUCAGCUACUUCCCUUAGCUAAACUCUGGCUUCGUCCAGACUGGGACACCUUUGUUGGCGCUAUUACCCUCUGUGGAUAUGCCUCUUUCUUGGUUGGUUGGCAUGUUCACGAAAAGGCUGUCCUCUUGAUUAUCAUACCGUUCAGUCUAAUAGCGCUCAAAGACCGGCGGUAUUUCAGCGCAUUCCGGCCUCUUGCGGUGGCUGGUCAUGUCUCGCUCUUUCCUUUGCUCUUUACGGCAGCAGAGUUCCCUAUUAAGACUGUCUACACUAUCUUAUGGCUGGUUCUGUUCCUCUACGCAUUCGACCAGGUCGCACCCGUCCCAGAGCGACCUCGGAUCUUUCUUGUCGAUCGAUUCUCCCUGCUAUAUUUGACUGUGGCCAUUCCUCUGAUUGUCUACUGCUCACUCAUCCAUCAGCUUAUUUUUGGUCUGAAUCGGUUUGAAUUUUUGCCUCUAAUGUUCAUGAGCAGUUACUCUGCUCUGGGGGUAGUAGGUAGCUGGGUAGGGUUCAUGGUUGUAUACUUUACUGCAUGA